CGAUUAUAACCGGUUAUGAGAAAUCUUGGGAUCGGUUGGUACCGGCCAGGGACCGAUUUUUGGCCCUCACCAGCCAGGGGCCUGUACAUGAUAUGGAUAUCCGGAACCAUAUAGAUGAAUGUUCAAACAGGCGGCGUGGGGCUCCAUUUUUGCGCGUUGGUAGACCCGGAUUUCCGUUUCAAUCCGAACCGCACCCGGCCGCCCUUUUUCGUCACAAAUCCAUCGGAAUUCCCUUCUGAUUCUUCCUUCUCCGACCGUCCAAGAACCCUACCUUCGUGCUAUAUAUAAGCGUGUCGUCGUUUCUUGCAUCUGCUGGCUCUCAUCAAUACUGCUCCCGGGGACAACCAGAAUCCAUGGCACAUAGGAUAUUAAGAGAUGUUGAAGCUGAUGGUUGGGAACGCUCCGAUUUUCCAAUCAUAUGCGAGUCAUGCCUUGGUGACAAUCCUUACAUUCGAAUGACAAAAGCAAAUUAUGAUAAGGAGUGCAAGAUCUGCACCAGGCCAUUCACAGUCUUUCGGUGGAGACCCGGUCGUGAUGCAAGAUACAAGAAAACUGAAAUUUGUCAAACAUGCAGCAAGUUGAAAAAUGUUUGUCAAGUGUGUCUUCUAGAUCUUGAAUAUGGUUUACCAGUACAAGUUCGUGAUACUGCACUCAGUAUCAACUCGAAUGAUGCCAUUCCAAAGAGUGAUGUGAACAGGGAAUACUUUGCAGAGGAGCAUGAUCGCAGGGCAAGGGCUGGUCUGGAUUACGAGUCGUCAUAUGGUAAGGCUCGCCCAAAUGAUACUAUUUUGAAGCUUCAAAGAACAACACCAUAUUACAAGAGAAAUCGAGCACAUGUUUGCAGUUUCUAUAUCAGAGGUGAAUGUACAAGAGGUGCUGAAUGCCCUUAUAGGCAUGAGAUGCCCGUCACUGGCGAGCUAUCCCAGCAGAAUAUCAAAGAUCGUUACUACGGAGUUAACGAUCCAGUUGCAUUAAAACUUCUAAACAAGGCCGGUGACAUGCCUUCUUUAGAACCCCCUGAUGACGAAAGCAUCAGAACCCUGUACGUUGGAGGGCUCGAUGCAAGAAUUUCCGAGCAGGACCUCCGAGACAACUUUUACGCCCACGGUGAAAUUGAGUCCGUCAAGAUGGUGCUCCAACGAGCUUGUGCCUUCGUUACCUACACCACCCGAGAAGGGGCAGAGAAAGCCGCUGAAGAACUCUCCAACAAGCUUGUUAUCAAAGGCCUUCGGUUAAAACUGAUGUGGGGCCGACCACAAGUGCUGAAACCCGAGGGCGAAAUGGUUUCAGAUGAAGCCAGGCAACAAGCAGUUGCCCACAGCGGUUUAUUGCCAAGGGCGGUUAUAUCACAGCAGCAAAACCAAAUGGUUCAGCCACCGGGAACUUCAACUAGUCAAGAACAACCACUACCACCACCGCCUCAUAUGCACUAUUUUAACAUUCCGCCACCACCACCGCAGCGUGAGAAGGCGUUUUAUCCAUCCAUGGAUCCUCAGAGGAUGGGUGCGGUGAUCCCUAACCGAGAAGGUGGGUCUAGUGGGUCAGUUGAGAAUAGAGCUGGUGGUUCGGAGCAGCGGCAGCAGGGUGGUCCACAUUAUGCCGCCUACCCACCACCACCACCACCACCACCUCAAGGUGGUGGCCAGUAUUAUCAGCAGUAUUAUCCACCACCACCGUACGGGUAUAUGCCGCAGUCUCAAACACCACCAUAUCAACAAUACCCUCCACCAUCUUACCCUUCCACAAUGCCACCACGAGGACCAACCGGUGAGCAAGCUUAUCAGCAGAAACCACCACCAGCUGCUGCCGCCGCUGUAGCAGGGCCAUCACAACAAUGAUGGCAAGAACCUUCUGUUGCCAAAAAAAGGUGGAUCUGUCACGAAUAACCCCUUUCUCCCUAGCUUUUGAUUUUUGUUGGUAAAACAAUUAAAACGUGACGAUAGAAAAAAGAAUGCCCAGAUUUUGUAACUUGUGUUUUACGUUAACUUUGCUGUAACGUAUUGGAUUUGUCUGGCAUCUUUCAUUCUUUCCUUUUUUAGCAAGAUUGACGGAAACGUGCUCUUCACUCAUCGGUUCAAAGGUAAA